UUGAGUUGGGGUCCCUUCUGAAGGAGAUAAGCGCGAUAGUAGGGGCGAUAUGCCUGGUUUGCCGCUUUGGGUCACGUCAAUCAUCACCAAAGCCGCCGCGGCAGAGGCACCCUUGCUCCGGAGCCAGCAUCACGGACUCGGCCGUGGGGGACCUGAACCCAGAUACACGUCACCCUGUUCUUGGCCAAAAGCGUCUUGGACAGGCCGAUACUGGGUCUAACAGUCGACUGGAGGGACUAUGCAUCCCCGGACUGGACUGGUCGCGUCUUCCAGAGGCACCGUGCUAUAGUUGCGGUGGCCUCAAAAGUCCAAUGCUCGAUCCCAGCUCGUAUUUGGUAGAGCUUUCACACAAACCGGCGAUGCCUAACGUCGCUGCUACUGGCGACGACGUUAUCGCCCAUGAUAUAAGCU